ACGCUGUGGAGGGGCCGGGCUGGGCCGAGGCGCUAGGCCCGAGGGAGGGCAGCGGGGGCAGCGCCCACUGGCAGCCGCCGCAUCGCGGGCUGGGAGCCGCCGGCCCGACCGGUGAGUCACCGGGAGUGGAGUAAGUGGCAGAGAUCCUGCUUCCGCUGGAAGAUCGUAGAGGCCGGCGGGAGCAUCGAGGUGCCCAACUCUGGGCAGAGUGUGGGUGAACACUGGGAUACAGUGUGGGCUGUCACAGGGAUGGAGUCCUCCGCUGCUGGCGUGUUCUGCAGCAGGAUGUUGAGCAUGGUGAACCGCGAGGAUGUCAAUGCCAUUGUCCAGGCACAGAGACAUAUGCUGGACCGAUUUGAGAAAACAAAUGAGAUGUUGCUGAACUUCAACAACCUAUCGAGUGUGAGGCUGAGCCAGAUGACAGAACGAUACCUGAACCACACGCGGGCUCUUGUGGAGAUGAAAAAGGAUCUCGACAGUAUCUUCCGCCGGAUCAGAACAUUGAAGGACAAACUGUCAAAGCAGCACCCAGAGGCAUUCAACAGUAUCCGCGCGUCUGUCGAUGUGGAAGACGAGGAAUUUGAUCCCAACCCAAAGAGCUUGUUGCCCCUCUCCGACGCUCCAGAGCCGAGCUCCGAUUCCAGCAACACCAGCCCCACGUUACUCACGCCUGGAGCAAGCGGGGACUCGGAAGACACCUCGCUGAUUAAGGAACAGGUUGACGGGCACGCGCAGCUGGUGACUGAGGGCGGGGGAGAGUAAAGCUCUUGAGUGUGUGUACCUGCAGAACGUUCCUCCGCCGGGAGGAGUGAAGGCAAUACGAGGAGCAGGGCCCCGAGGAGCUGCGGAGCUCUCAAUGAAGCUUCUGGUGUGUUACUGUUGAGGCAAAGACACUGGGUUCACGCCUGCCAGGGAGAACAGUAUUCUCCCCAACCACGCGCCGUCUCUCUUGUUCAUUUUCAUUGCAGUGUGGAUUGCUCGAUGAACCUGAUCACUGUGAGUUCUAGAGGUUUACAGUGGAGGAACUGCUGUGUGAUUAAGGAUGUAACGGUAGAAUCACAGUUGCUACGCCAGCCACACUCGCUGUGUGACUAGGAUUUCUACGGUGUGGAUUUAUCAUAAAAAUGUAAAAUGCAACAAAAUAAAGUGUAGCUGGUAA